AUGACGGAAAAUGAUUUCGAGUUUCCCGAUGUAGAAGCACCAUACGUUCAGGCUGCACGGCUACUCACCUUCCAACUACUCCGCAACCCGCGAACGCGAAAUAGGAUCGACAAUAUACCAUUUCUCAUUCUAGUCACACCCGACAUACCUCAAAAGCACCGCAAUCUCCUAAGCAGAGAAGGAGCUACGAUAAUUCCAGUGGCGAAUCUCAAUCAUGACUGGGGCUCCUCGCAACGAUGGGAUACCGAUCUCGCCAAGCUGAACCUAUGGAAGCUUGAAGAAUAUGACAAAAUCGUAUUCCUGAAUGUCGACUCGGUCCUAUUCCGUCCGAUAUAUGAAAUCUUUGAUGACCCUGCGGCAACCAUGCGUGCAGUCACAAAACCUACUGCCAAAAUGCCAAAGAACUAUAUGAUCGCUUCACAACACGAUUCUCGGAUGAAGUUGAAUACGCAACUUGUGUCCGACCGGGAGUUUUACGAGAAAGGCGACAUGGAUACCGGGUUCUUCAUUCUAUGUCCCUCAAAUGAUCUUUACAAGUACUACGUCGGUCUCCGUCUGAUACUAGAUCAAGAUGACUCUGUUCGUCCGAAACAAAAUAUUCUUGAUUAUGCUCAUCGGGCGGACGGCCCCAUGCCUUGGCAAAGCCUUGGGCCUGAAUGGAACUUGAAAGAUGCAAGCCAGUCUGAUUGUGAGGCAGGAUUGAAAUCAAUCAAUCAUAAAUGGUGGCGCCCUAUCGCAGACGACUUUGUAGGGGAUCGUAUCGCGAUGGCAAUGGACGAGAUGACUGCCUACUUAAACCACUGA